AUGCCUCGCCAAUCCCGUGGUCCCGCUCGCGCCCCCGCGCGCCCUACCGUUCCCGCUCGCUCUGCCCCCGCCCCAACCCAGCAGCAGCAAACCCGCCCAGCAACCACCUACGCCGGUCCCCAAACUGGCGCCCCUAAUGCCGCUGCUUCCACCGCUGGUGCCCCUACCUCUCAGGGCCCAGGGCUGAUGGCGCAGAUGGCUUCUACUGCUGCUGGUGUCGCCAUCGGCUCUUCCGUAGGCCACGUAAUCGGAGGCGGCAUCUCCUCCCUCUUCGGCGGCGGCUCCUCCGCUGCCGCUGCCGACCCCGUCGACCAGGCCAAUUCGGCCGCCAGCCAGCAAAAUCAGACCUGGGGCGACAACUGCAAGGGCGCGACGACCCAGUUCACAAAGUGCAUGGACGACAACCAGGGGAACAUGCAGAUUUGCGGGUGGUACCUCGAGCAGCUUAAGGCUUGCCAGCAGGCUGCUUCUCAGUACUAAGUUUUUGGUCUUGGUGCUGGGAGUCAAGGGAUGAGAGAGAGGGGCUUUGAUGGUUGAAAAACUACGAUCGUUACAAGCUUUGAAGGGGAGGAUUGUUGAGUUUUGUGAGAUGGUGCGGUAGCGUUCAAGGUGGAAGACUUGUCUUUACAACAAGUUUGACAACCCACAUGCGAGAGCCAGUCACCUCACAACUCACUUGUACAUUAUAACCAACUACCACUCGGCGGCGCAAACAUCAGCCUGUCUUGGACAACAACAACAAAUUAAUACCCCUGUGAUUUGGAUUUUUGCACUUUUCUUGAGGUUGAGCAGAAAAACAGCAGCAAGAAUCCAUUCGGUUGAACUGAUCAACUACCUAAAUCCCCCCUACCCCUGGACACCAUUAAACCAAGUCGAAAUCCUAUUAGUUGCCACAACAAAAUAUCAAACUCCUACUCUUCAUCAUCCGGUCUCGGUUCAAAGUUCGUCUGUGAUCUAUGUUGGUAAACGUAUUCUCCCUUGAAGUUUGCAUGUCAAAGUCAACUUACCGAAUUCCCGUUAUAAAACUGCUGCUCACCCCUCCUCCUCACACUCUCCAGCCCGCCUAUACGACGAUCACCUCCUGUUGCUUGCCCUUGUCGUCCCCCACGAUUCGGACUCUGCUGCCUAGCCGCCUAUCAAACUGGCAACGAACAGAAUGAAUCCGAUGAACCGCUGGAAGAUACCCCCCCUUUCCCCUGCCGAAGUCGUCGAAGCGGCCGAGCUACCACUACUGCGAGAGUAAGCAGACGAGUACUUUGGCACCGGGAGCAAAAUCAAUGUUGCCGAGGGUGUCAGCUCCAGCUCCUGCAACGUCUUCUCCUCCUCUGUCACAUCGACCGUCUUACUAGGCAGCGGCGUGAGCAAAAUCUUGAAGUUGAAGGGUUCUUUCCCGUCUUUUCGAUUUUCUGUCACAAACUGCCGAACAUCUUUCAAAGUAUCCGUGCUAGAGAACCGGCUGCGGAGGGUAGACCCGUCGAAUAGCCUGACUUGGAUCGCGGCGUGGGAAGAGACUCUGUUCGUUCUCGGGAGAAGCUGGCUGGCGGGGGCAAGAGGGACUGUGGAAGCCUCCGCCGCGGCUUUCCUCUCGGCUUCGAGAGCUUGCUGGCGGGCUUUUCUCUCGGCUUUGUCGUCCUCAAUUUGUUUGAGGAUUCGCUGGCGUUCUUCCCUGGCUUCCUUUUGCUUCUUCUUGAGGGCUUCGGCGUAGGCGUUGUGAGCGGUGGGAGGUUUGGUUGGGUCUUCGACAGCUUUGCCCUUCUCUUCGCGGCGGCGUUUGGCUUCUACUUCGCGGCGUUUUUUGGCUUCGGCUUCGGCCUUCUUCAUGCGUUCUAUUCUGGCCGCGGUUUGGGCUGCUAGGGAUUGGGCGUGGGAUUGUUCGUUGGAGGUGGGCGGGGUUACUUGGCCUGAGCUGCUGGCGUUGGACUCUGUGAUGGGAGCUGGUUGUGUAGCUGUGACGGGUUGGGAAGCGGUAGUCGCGACGGGGGCUGCUGGUGGAACGUUCGGGGAAGCAACGGGCUCGGGCUGGGUUGGCGGUGGUGGAGGAGCUUCAACCGGAGCGAGGGCCUUGCGAAGUCUUUCUAUGAAUAGUUCCUUGGGCACACCGGCAGCAAUGUACUCUUUGAGUUGUCCGCUUCUGAUAGCCUGGUUAGGAAUGCCUCAAUGUACGCUCAGCACCCAACACUUACUUGAUUACCACUAGUGUUGGUUUCUUGGGCAAUGGGUAGAGCUGAGCGAGGAAGCCUUCCUCUUGUGAUCCGGCCACCAAACGAAGUGUCACAGAAGUGGACUUCAACAAUUCCACAAUCUGAUAUGUGUCCGGUCAGUAAACGAGCUUCCAAAAGCAUUGUUCGCCAAAACACACCUCUUCUUCCUUGAGAUACUCAUUCUCCC